GAGGAUAGAGGAGGAGAGGGGGACAGAGGAGGAGAGGAUAGAGGAGGAGAGGAUAGAGGAGGAAGAGGAGGAGAGGAUACAGGAGGAGAGGAUAGAGGAAGAGGAGGAGAGCAUAGAGGAGGAAGAGGAUGAGAGGAUAGAGGAGGAGAGGAUAGAGGACGAGAGGAUAGAGGAGGAGAGGAUUGAGGAGGAGAGGAUAGAGGAUGAAGAGGAGGAGAGGGAAGAGGAGGAGAAGAUAGAAGAGGAGGAGGAGAGGAGGCCUCCGUUGAAGAGUGAGAACCAGGUCAAAGCUCCAGACCAGGGGAGCCACCCAGACCUCCACCCCAGCUUUAGGCUCCUCAAAUCGGUUGAAGACUCUCUGUAUCCCCCUCCUCCCUCCACACCCAGACAAAGCAGUCCUGAAGACACCCCUCCCCUCUCCUCCUCCUCCUCUCCUCUGAGGCAGAAUGAUAGUGUUGUAGAGGUGAAGACAGACUGUGUUGUAAUCAGGAUCCAGGACAUGAACUCUCCUGGCUGGUCCUCUCUGUCUCAGGAGAACACCUCACCUCUCACCUGCAGUGUGGGAGGCUUCGAUAUCUGGAGUGAUCAUCAGGGCUGUCAGACAGAAGGAGACCUUCCUCCAGGAUGGAAGAGGAUUACAGACAAGGCUGAUAUCUACUACUGGCAUAUCCCGAGUGGAGCCACACAGUGGGAGAGACCAGCGCCCAGAGACCCUCUCACCAGACAGGAGGGCUCUAGCCUGGGGGACACCACCUCAGCCUCCCCACCUCCAGACCACCAGGACCUGCAGGCGGCCACGGUGAACCCUGACCCCAGCUUGAAGGAGUUUGAGGGAGCUACGCUCAGAUAUGCAUCGCUACGGAUCCCUCUCCCUCUGGAAGAGGAGGAGUCUAACAGUGACCCUGAGGCCAAGUGUUUUGCGGUGCAGUCUCUGGGUUGGGUAGAGAUGGCAGAAGAGGACCUGUCGCCAGGGAAGAGUAGUGUUGCCGUUAACAACUGUAUCCGACAGCUAUCCUACUGCAAGAGCAACAUCAGAGACACGGUCGGCAUCUGGGGAGAGGGUCAGGACAUGUAUCUGGUUCUGGUGAACAACAUGUUGAACCUGGUUGAUCCUACGGACCGUUGUCUUGGCAACGUGCUUCAUUCUCAGCCAAUAGCAAGCAUUCGUGUCUGGGGGGUCGGCCGUGACAAUGUCAGGUGA